AAUUCAUUGAUACAAACUAAGAUGAGUGAACUUUUUAGAGAGAAUACAAAUCUUGUAAAGUCCAAAUACUUUGAUAAGGAAGGAGAAACUGAAGAAUCAGAGUAUCAAAACAAUCUUCAAGGAACUUGUACAGUCUAUGUUGGGUAUUUGUACCCCGGAACUAGAGAGUCUCAAAUCCAUCACUUUUUCAGUAUAUGUGGGCCUAUCUCCAAUAUCAUUAUGUCCAAACACAAGAAGGAGAAGAAGCCAUGCGGAUUUUGCUUUAUAGUCUUUCAUAAUCAUGAGAGUGCAGUCCGUGCAGUAGAGCAACUAAAUAGAGCCAAGCUGGACAGGAGAACCAUCAAAGUUGAUUAUGAUGUAGGCUUCAAGGAAGGCAGAGAGUAUGGCAGAGGAGAUCUUGGAGGCCAGAAAUAUGAUGAUUACGAUGAAGAGGGCUUGAAGAAACCAGUUCCAGUUGAAGAGGACAUGGGAGAAGGCGAAGGAGGAGAUGGAGACACUAAAGAUGAAGCAAGCGAGCCUAGUGGUGAAAAUGCUCCAGGAGGAGAGUGGAAAGUAGAAGGUGGCUCCUGGGACGAUAGUGAGCAAGCGAAUCCUACCCCUCCAGGAGAUGACUGUGGAGGCUGGUAAAUCUUAAGAGGCAAACAUCAGUUCAAUAAUUAGUGAAUAAUUA